AUAAACCCUAACAACUCUUGGAAGCUUCGAGAAGAUUCAGUCUCUUCUCUCUGCAACGGAAAUGGCGACGAAGAGCUCGGAUUCGAGCCAUGAACAAGCUCCUCUGAGUUAUCGUAAGAGCGUCGAAAUCAAAGCCACGCAUGAUCAAUUUUUCGUGUGGAGAGAGUUCUUAUGGGGAGGUAUAGCUGGAGCUUUUGGAGAAGGAAUGAUGCAUCCCGUGGAUACUCUCAAAACCAGACUUCAGAGUCAAAUUAUCAUGAAUGCAACUCAGAGACAAAAGAGUAUUCCACAAAUGCUCCGAACUGUCUGGGUUGGUGAUGGAUUAAAAGGCUUUUAUAGGGGCAUUGCUCCUGGAGUCACUGGAUCUCUUGCCACUGGAGCAACCUACUUUGGUUUUAUUGAGUCCACAAAGAAAUGGAUUGAAGAGUCUCAUCCCAGCUUAGCGGGCCACUGGGCGCAUUUUAUAGCAGGAGCAGUUGGCGAUACACUUGGUUCUUUCGUAUAUGUUCCUUGUGAAGUCAUAAAGCAGCGAAUGCAAAUUCAAGGCACUAGUAGCUCCUGGAGCUCUUUUAUUUCGAGGAACAGCGUUCCGGUGAAACCAAGAGGUGACAUGUAUGGUUAUUACACUGGAAUGUUCCAGGCUGGAUGCUCAAUAUGGAAAGAGCAAGGGCCAAAAGGGCUGUAUGCUGGAUAUUGGUCUACACUAGCGAGGGACGUGCCUUUUGCUGGUCUUAUGGUAGUGUUUUACGAAGCAUUAAAGGAUCUAACAGAUCAGGGAAAGAAAAAGUUUCCACAAUAUGGAGUCAACAGUUCGAUAGAGGGUCUAGUAUUGGGAGGAUUAGCUGGUGGACUAAGCGCUUAUCUCACAACUCCUUUGGAUGUUGUAAAAACAAGACUGCAAGUGCAAGGAUCAACGAUCAAGUACAAGGGAUGGUUGGAUGCAGUUGGGCAGAUAUUGAGGAAGGAAGGUCCAGAAGGGUUUUUCCGGGGAAGCGUCCCAAGGGUCAUGUGGUAUCUUCCGGCCUCGGCACUCACCUUCAUGGCCGUUGAAUACCUUAGAGAUAAUUUCAGAGAGAAAGGUAAUAAUAAUAACAAUGUCGUCUCAAAUUUGAGCAUAGAGAGGAAAACAUCUUCUACUUCAGUGCAUGAAGGUUAGCGAGAAACUGAGAACUAGUGAGAUUCUUGUCUCCAAGUAUAAAGAGUGAGGAGCAUUCACAAACUUGUCUAUAAAUGGCUCAACGUUUUGUUUUCUCUUCUAAGAUACUGUUAACAACAAUCUCUGAUCCCUUUUUAAUAAGAUACAGUGCUUAUC